CACCAGCAACCAUUACUGAAGCACCUGCUGAUAAAGCAAAAAAAUGUGAUCCUAGCGAAUGUCAACUGCCAUACUGUUUCUGUUCAAAGGAUGGCACACAAAUUCCCGGUGGUUUAGAAGCGGAAAAUAUCCCCCAAAUGAUUAUGUUGACCUUCGAUGGUGCUGUCAAUUUGAAUAACUACGAUCAUUAUUUGAAGAUUUUCAAUGGCAAACGUAAAAAUCCCAAUGGCUGCAACAUUCGUGGUACCUUCUUCAUGUCACAUGAAUAUAGGUAAGUU